UUGUUCAUACAAGGAAUUUGACUGUCCAAGAAAAAUUUUCAAUUUAAAUUAUCAUCGCGAAGCCUUCGUUCAGACAAAAAUAAAAUUUUCGAUCUCUCUCUCUUUCCCACUCUUUUCCCAUCCUUGGAGGGAAAAACCAAAACCAAGUCCUUCUCUCUCUCUACCUGUAACCAAUCUAGGGUUUCAGCUGCUCAGUCUUUGCUGCUUCUUCCUUUUUCAGCUCUAAUUUCACACACUGUUUUGUUCUCUGUGUUCGAUUAGAGGAGGAGUUGCUUUUAAUUGAGCUUAUGAGCUUUUUCAUGCCCGAUCUCGUAUUCUGGUAAGCGUUUAUUUGAAUUGAAGUUAUCUUGAGCUUAAGCUUGCUAGUAUUUGUAGUUUUCAUGGCUUAGUCUUGUCUGUUUUGUAGAUUUGGGUUUAAUGAGUUAGGAUUUGUUUCGAUGAGGGCUCGCUAAAACUCUGCAUGGCGAUGUGCUGACCUCUAGUUGGGGUUUUAUCGAGGUUUAAUUGAAUUUCUGGGCUGGUUCGGGUACCAAUAACACCCAGAAGGAUUGGGUAGACAAUAUAUUUUUGGUGAAAUGCAAACCAAGAAAAGAAUUACUGGAAGGAAUUCUUCUCGAGAAGUUGCAAGCCCAAGGGUGUCAAGAGCUCAGAAGAAACCGUCUGAAAAUGCACAAGUUGCAGAACAGAAGGUUACAGAGCUAAUUACGUCUUCAUCCAGAAGGCAGAGAUGUGUGACGAGAAGUGCUGUACCUGUUGCUGCAUCCAACUCGAAUACGAGGUAUGACUUGCCCCAAGACGAGACUUCUGAUACUUGUGUGGCGCAUGAUGAGAUUGCUGGUCCUUCCAUGGCUGGUGAGGAUUGCAACGAUGGAACUGCUCAUUAUGUAAUGGAUACCAUAUUUUCUCCUGCCUUUCAUGUUGCCAAAGUUUCUGAAGGGGAAAUACCCGGUGAAGUUGAUUUUGCCAAAUUCUUUCGAAGUGGAGAUCAGUUUCAGCAGAAUUGUGGGAUAGAGAACUCACGGACGGAUAUUCAUGGUCAUGUUGCUCAAGAUACUCUUCAUAGGGGGAUUGAGAAUACAUUAACUUCAAUUAAUGCAUCAUGUCUUGGUGAUAUAGAAGUGGAUACAAACGAACCAGCUACAAACUUUGAUGAGCAGCACUGCAGUGAGAUUCUUACCAUAGAUACACAUAUAUCAACUUGUUGUAAUACAGAUUCAGAAGGAGCUGGCCUUUCAUCUGAAGUUUCAGCAAUUUAUCUUGCCAUGAAGAACUCAAAGCUAGAAUGUGUUGAUGAGCAUGGUCAAGAUUCAAUGUCAAUUGAUGUUUGUGUUGAGGAUGAGGACUAUGAGGAAUUUGACGACUUUGAUCCUUAUCUAUUCAUAAGGAACCUACCAGAUUUGUCAUCUGUUGUCCCCACUUUUCGGCGUAUGCUACUUCCUAAACAGACUCGGAGUUGCCCUCCUACUAGUCUUGUUUUGGACUUGGAUGAAACUUUGGUGCAUUCCACACUAGAACCUUGUGAUGAUGCAGAUUUCACCUUCCCUGUUAAUUUUAAUCUCCAGGAGCAUACAGUGUAUGUUCGAUGCCGUCCUCACUUAAGAGAUUUUAUGGACAGAGUUUCUCGUCUUUUUGAAAUCAUUAUAUUUACAGCCAGUCAAAGUAUAUAUGCUGAGCAGCUCUUGAACGUGCUAGAUCCAAAAAGGAAGAUAUUUCGUCAUCGUGUUUUUCGUGACUCCUGUGUAUAUGUAGAUGGGAACUACCUCAAGGAUUUGUCGGUACUUGGCCGUGAUUUGGCUCAUGUUAUCAUAAUCGACAAUUCUCCUCAGGCAUUUGGGUUCCAAGUGGACAAUGGAAUCCCCAUUGAGAGCUGGUUUGAUGAUCGUUCCGAUGAAGAAUUACUUUUGUUGCUUCCCUUUUUGGAGAGCUUGGUGGAUGUUGAAGAUGUCAGACCGCUGAUAGCUAAAAAGUUCAAGCUGCGGGAGAAGGUUGCUUCAGCUACUUAUCCAAGUUCAAAUCCAGAUAGAGUACAUGACUUCUGAAGGUGAUACCCAGCGUUACAGUAUUUGGGGAGUUGCUUUUAAGAAAAUUCUGCAUGAGAUUGGCUGUCCGAUGAAUAAUUUGUAAUCUCAAUUGAUCUGAGAAACAGUCGAAACCUUUUUUUUAUACAGAGAUGUUGUAGUACAUUAAUUUAUUUUACAAGCUUCAGAAUAAAAUAAUUUCUCGUUUUUCUCCUAAA